CGGGGGGUGGGGGGGAGAAGAGAAAAGACCGAGAGAGCGAAAGAGAGGCAGAGGAAGAGGGAGAGAAAAGGCGACUUGGAACCAAAGAAGCACUACCACCGUGGGUGCUCGCCACCAUGGGAGCCUUGCAUCACUUGCCAGAGCCGUUGCUUCGUCCGUGGGCCAUGUCGUGAUCCGUGGGCUCCGCCAGCGGGAUUUCUGUCCGUGAUCCGAGCCGCGGAGGAGAGAGGGGAGAAGAUGUCCGCCUCGGUGGGCCCUCGGGGCGGCCCGCGCCCACCCGUCGUGCCGGCGUCCAUGCCCGAGCCGGACCUGAGCCAUCUGACGGAGGAGGAGAGGAAGAUCAUCAUGGCCGUGCUAGCUCGUCAAAAAGAGGAGGAGGAGAAGGAACAGGCCAUGUUAAAAGACGAGAAGCCCAUCCAAGCCAGAAUUGUGCACCUGGUUGGGCAGAAGAAGCCUCCCCAGCAAAAUGAUGUCAGAGGUAUCCAGCAACCGGUGUCCAGCUACAUGGAGACGGUGCGCCGGGUGGGAGAGGAAACACGUCGGCAGACCGGCACGGGCCAGCACAGGGACGACGCGCCUACCUGCGGCAUCUGCCACAAGACCAAGUUCGCCGACGGCUGUGGCAACCUAUGCUCCUACUGCCAGACCAAGUUUUGUGCCCGGUGCGGGGGAAGGGUCACCCUGCGCUCCAACAACGAGGAAAAAGUGGUGAUGUGGGUGUGUAAUAACUGCCGUAAGCAGCAGGAAAUCCUCACUAAGCCAGGGGAGUGGUUCUCAGGUCCAGGGAAGCCCGGUUUAGGCUCAGGCAUCAGUGACCCGGCCAUGUGUGGCCAGAAUCCUGGUGACAAGAAGCUCCGUUCCCGCUCCCAGGUCCCCCUGGGGCCCCCCGAACCCAAUCGCCUAACUGAACCAGGACUGGCACCCGGAAUGGAUCAGCGGUCACGUAGCGAGCCGCCGAGAAAGCCUGGGGAUCAGAACGGUAAAGGUCGAGUGGAGCGACGGCCGGGUCGUCCCAGACUCCACACCCAGGUGUCAGUGGACCGGGACCAAAGGGAGCGGGAACGGAGGGAAGGCCGACGGCUGAGUAAGGGCCGCUCUCUGGACCACGACCCUGUGGGAGGGGGGGUCCCCAGAUGGACAGAGGGCUACCAUAUAGACCCCAACACCCCCCGGCAUUUAGGCCAGCCCCAGCCAGGGGAGACUCUGGGGGGCAGGUACCCUCUACAGCCCCAGGGGCGAGGCAGGGGGCUUGGGAUCGGGUUUGAGGGUGUUGGGGGCGUUGUUGGCCAGCCUGAGGCUAUGCUGGGCCAGAGGACGGUACUGGGGGGUGUUGGGGGGCCACCGGACCUUGGUCCUCCACUGCUCCAGCCCCCAGAACUCAGGGAGCCCCCUGGGUCAGGCCUGGGCCCGAGACCUGGUCAAGACCCACUCCUGCGCCGAUCCAAACGGGAGAAGGCUGAGAGCAUGCUGCGUAAUGAUUCACUCAGCUCGGACCAGUCGGAGUCUUUGCGGCCGCCCCCGCCACGGCCCUACAAGUCCAAACGGGCCGGUGCCGGCAAGAGACAGACGUCCGUCAGCAGCUCAGAGGAAGAGGGAGGUACCACGCCAGAGUACAGCAGCUGUGAAGACGCAGAGAUCGAGAGCGUCAGUGAGAGAGGAGACUGGGAGUGUUACCCACUGGACCCCACUGUGUGGCACCAUCCAGUGACAUGGCAGCCAUCCAAAGAGGGUGACCAUCUAAUCGGACGAAUCACCCUGAGCAAGAGGAGCGCUAUGCCCAAAGAGGCUGGGGCACUGUUAGGCCUGAAGGUGGUCGGGGGAAGGAUCACAGAGGGGGGUAGACUAGGAGCCUUCAUUACUGUAGUCAAGAAGGGCAGUCUGGCAGACAUCGUGGGACACCUACGAGCUGGGGAUGAGGUUCUGCAGUGGAACGGCAAGAUGUUGCCCGGAGCAACCCAGAAAGAAGUUUACAAUAUCAUUGUGAAUUCCCAAGCAGAACCUCAAGUGGACCUUGUGGUGUCCCGGCCCAUCGGUGACAUCCCAAGAAUCCCAGACACAUCGCACCCUCCAUUAGAAUCCACCCUCACAGCAGGUUCCAGUUCGUUCGAGUCCCAGAAGAUGGAGCGGCCAUCUAUAUCAGUCAUGUCCCCCACUAGCCCUCCCAGAGACAAUCCACAGCUGUUGCCUGGACAGCUAGCAGUACUGCCCGGACAACUUUCAGUGAAACUGUGGUAUGAUAAGGUGGGACACCAGCUGAUAGUGAACGUGCUCCAGGCCACAGAACUGCCUCCACGCUCAGACGGGCGACCCAGGAACCCUUACGUCAAAAUGUACUUUCUGCCGGACCGCAGUGAUAAGAGCAAGCGGAGGACUAAGACAGUAAAGAAGAGCGGUGAGCCCAAGUGGAACCAGACAUUUGUCUACUCCCACGUCCACCGCAAAGACUUCCGCCAACACAUGCUGGAGUUGACCAUCUGGGAUCAACCUCGCCUUCCUGACGAGGAUAGCGUGUUCUUGGGCGAGGUCCUGAUAGAACUUGAGACAGCCCCGCUGGACGAUAAGCCUCAUUGGUACAAGCUGCAGACCCACGACCAGUCGUCCAUCCCCCUUCCACGACCCUCCCCUUACCUGCCCCGAAGGCAAACCCACGGCGACACUCCCAACAAGAAGUUGCAGCGUUCUCAGCGCAUCACAGAGGCUGAGUAUGAUCAUGCUGGACUGGUGUCUAAAGAUGUGGAGAGGGGCUCGCGAGAGAGGGAGAGGCAGCCGAGGGAUCCCAACGCCACCACUCUGGAGGUGCCGGAGCAACAGAGGACACCCCAGCAUCGUUCUCGAUCUGUCUCCCCUCACAGAGAGGACAAGGGCAGGGGCCGAUCCCGCCCUGCCAAUGUCCCCACUCAGAGGAGUCUGGAUGAUGAAGUACACCACAGUCGCAGGUCUCGUUCUCCCACCCGCUUCUACGACUCUACCAGAGGACACAACCAGGAGCAUAACUAUGUAGAUGACAGUGAGGUCAUCAUGAUCUACCAGUCAAUGCGGGGAAAAAGUGCAGAGUGCCUACAAAUGAAAAGGAGGCCUUCCAGAAACAGUAGCACACUUCCCCCAAAGAUACCCCUGUUAGUCAACGGUAUCCGCAGGGACUUGUACAGUGAUCUCCAGCCUCUGGACAGGGUUAGGACUAGGAGUGCUAGCACCAACUGUCUGACCCCAGAGAGGAACCAUAGUGUUCUUUCAACAGAGGCCCAAAGCUGCUCUCAGUCUCUGCCCCGCAGGCGCCCCACCAGCCCCCGGAUUCUAAUCCAACACGCCUCCCCAGAAGAUGACAGCAGCUGGAGGAUGGAGCCUCUAAUUCCUAGACAGGAGACAGUAUACCGCCUCAGUGCAAAGACGAGGCAACCUAGGACCCUGGACUCAUCCCUUCGUCAGAAUCCGGCCCAGAAGCUCCCUGACAAUGACAGGGUCCCUCUCCAAGGUGGUGCGUCUCUGUCCUCCUCAGUGACCUCAUCUGCAGCUCGCCGGGUCAGACAGCUCCCGCAGGUCCCUGCCAAGAGCAGCAGUCCAGUAGAGCAAGCUUUAGCAGCUACAGAGGAGCGUGUUCAUCAGCUUCGGAGACAGGUGCAGCAAAGGGACUCCAGGAGAUCCGCUCCACCCUCCACUUCCAACCAGGACCUGGAGAGGGCGCUGAAGAGUAAACGCGAGGUCAGUCACCUGUCACUACAGCUGUACAAGGAUCAGCGCAGAACCAGCUGUGAGAAUGUAUCGCGCAAGUCUUCAGACAGUGAUGUCAGCGACGUGUCAGCCAUCUCUCGCACCAGCAGUGCCUCCCGAAUCAGUAGUACAAGCUACAUGUCCAUCCAAUCAGAAAGACCCAGAGGACGCUUCAACAAGGCGAUGCGGGCGUCGGGCCGCAGCAUGUUGAAGAGCACCAGCGUGAGCGGAGAGAUCUACGGAGUGGAGCACACGGACGGCAGCCAAUCAGACACAGCGUUGGGCGGCGGCAAGAAGCGGCGGUCCAGCCUCAGCCAACGGGUGGUGGCCAUCGUGGGCCUUCCCUCCAGACGCAGCUGCAGCACCUCACAACUCACCUCACAGAAAGAAGCUGUGGUGGUGGACACUAAGAAGAAGGGCAAGAAGAAGAACAAGAUCCAGAUCCAGAGGAGUACGGAGGUGGGCAUGGCUGUGGAGUUCCCCCGUUCAGCCAUGAAUCGGCAGGCCAGCAGAGACUCCACUGAUGGCAGCAUGAACAGCUACAGCUCUGAGGGGAAUCUAAUCUUCUCUGGGAUGAGGCUGGGUGCUGACAGUCAGUUCAGUGACUUCCUGGAUGGCCUUGGGCCCGCCCAACUUGUUGGCCGGCAAACAUUAGCCACACCUGCCAUGGGAGAUGUUCAAAUUGGAAUGAUGGACAAAAAAGGCCAGCUGGAGGUGGAGGUGAUCAGAGCACGUGGCCUUACCCCCAAACCAGGGUCCAAAUCACUCCCAGCUCCCUAUGUCAAAGUGUACCUGCUGGAUAAUGGAACCUGUAAAGCCAAAAAGAAAACCAAGAUUGCACGUAAAACCCUGGAGCCUCUCUACCAGCAGGCCCUGCUCUUUGACGAGAGCCCACAGGGGAAGGUCCUCCAGGUUAUAGUCUGGGGUGACUACGGGCGACUGGAUCACAAAUGCUUCAUGGGAGUUGCACAGAUCCUAUUGGAGGAGCUGGACCUCUCCAGCACAGUUAUUGGCUGGUACAAACUGUUUCCCCCUUCCUCAUUGGUGGACCCUACGUUAGCCUCACUAACGCGGCGGGCGUCUCAGACAUCCCUGGACAGCUCAGGACCAGCUGGUAUGCGCUCUUAGUGACCGCAACGCAACCACGACCCUAAUAUGGACCUCAGCCAAUGGACCACAACUGACCAGAGUGCAUGACCACAUACCUAAGGCCAAUAGAGACCUUAGGGAAAGCAAAUCAAAGCCAGACUGAGAGAGAUGAAGAGACAGAGAGAGAUAGAGACAGAAAGGGAGAGAGAGCACUAGCCAAUCAGAGCUUGGCUGGAGUCUGACAAUCACUUCCCAUCCUCCUUCUCAUCCCUCCUCCCUUCUUCCUCUGGGCUGCCGAGCCUGUCCAUUCUUCCUCUCUCUUUUGCCAACCCUCCUCUCCCUCUUCGUCCAUUCGUCCUCUGAGUCCAUUCAGUGUUAUGGCCUGUACCCCCAGCGAGUGAAGGGACUCCCUCGGGCCCCUCGUUUAGGCGGCACAAGGGAUGUUAGUCCAGGUUUGGAGCCAAUCAGUGAGAAGGUUAUUGAGUGGCCAUAGAGAGCGUGCAGGUGGGGAAAAGAACAGCUGCCCAUCAAAAAAUGUGUUUCAGCAUUGAUGUUGCCAUUGCAUCUCUGCAGCGUCGCCGUGGAAAUCCACGAGGGUCAGCAUGAUUGCACAGCCUGUGAAGGGAGGGGGCUUGCACUGGUGGAAGGGUAAAAAAAAACACUUGUUCGGAGAUCAAAGCAAGCACAAAUGCUUGAUUCUUUUUCGGACAACGGGAGGUUGCGUUAAAGUAUAAAAACAGAGGCCAAAUUAUGGUUGGAUAUGUUUUAUUCCAUAUUCUAUUUGCCUAGAUUUAAAACCGUGGCGCCGCGAGGUGCAGACUCCCUGUGUGUGUGCCGCGUGUGUAUUCGGUUUCCAGUGACGGUGGUCGGCAGACCUGCAGAGGUCUUGCGAUGCCCCCUCUCGUCCCCGCCCCUGCAAGUGUGGCGGGCGCAGCAUGACUCGGGAACACAGCCCAAGCUGCAUGCACAUUUUUUUUGUAAAACAAAAGCCAGAUUAAUUACUUUAAAAAAGAGACUAGACUAAAUGUGUGUUAGUUCCACAUACUUUAGGCCAGCUUGUAUGUUGCAUGUACUUGUACAGUUUGCUCGUACUGAAUAUGAAUACAAACAGAAAAGCCAAGCCAUCUGCCUUCCGCCUUCAACGGGCGGACACCGGCGGCGAAUACGUUCCGCCAAGGCCACACCUCCCACUCUGGGUACGAAUGACCAUAUUAGGAAGUGUCCAAAAGCCUUUUUUCUUUUUUUUCUCGUGUUCCUUUUGAACAUUUUUGGAGAACAGUGCUGUAUCGUAGCACUGAACAAACAGGAGCCCCCUGACUCUCUGAGGAUCUAGGUGUUUUAACAAACAGGAGCCCCCUGACUCUCUGAGGAUCUAGGUGUUUUAACAAACAGAAGCCCCCUGACUCUCUGAGGAUCUAGGUGUUUUAACUGGAGUCUAUGGCAGUGGGGCUAAAAACAUGGCUAGAGAAUGUGUGUAUAAAAACAGAGCUUAAUGUAUAUGAAGUAUAAUUAUGACUCUACUGAAAUUAUAAAGUUAGAGAUAUAUAAUUAUCCAAUGGGUGUAUCUGACUAUACCCAUCACCUACAUGCGCACUCACACACACACAAACACACACAAAAAACACACACGCACACAUUGUAAAUAUAAGUCGAGGGAGCAGUAUGAUGAUAUUGACACAGACAAAUCGAUCCAAACAUUCCUCGUCCUAUAGAAACAGACCAGAGCCCUCUGCCCUGUGCUGUGAGCCGCUGAGCGGUGCCCAAACACAAAGAGGAGCCAACAGUCAUUUCUCCUAAUAGCAACCAAAACCGACAUGACUAUUUAAAACACGCCAUAUUGUUUUUUCGA